UUCUCGGAGAGGCGGUGCCCGCGCGCGGCGCCAUCUUGCCGUGCGGAGCGGGCCGGGCCGUAGCGGCGGGCGGUGAUUGCCGUGUGGCCGCGCCAUGCCGCACUACCAGGCCUGGGAGGAGUUCACUCGCGCCGCCGAGAAGCUGUACCUCGCCGAUCCCAUGAAGGUGCGAGUUGUCCUCAAAUACCGACACUGUGAUGGGAACCUCUGUAUCAAAGUAACGGAUGAUGUAGCUGUCUCCCUAUAUUUUAGGAUUCUACAGAAACAAAGAUACCCAAGCACUGCAAAAAUCCAUCGUCAUGGAACUGCAUUGGUACUUUCUGCUGAAGUGUUCCAGGAGCAUCUUCAAACAGACAUUUACUGCUCAGCGUGGUCCCUUCGCUUUGCUCAAAGUGGUGACAGGUUUAAUCCGCAGGGUAAGCUGCUGCUUUGUGAUGAGGAGACACUGGAGUGUUAUCACAGUGAAAUGUGACAUUCAUUUGCAGCACAGAGAUCCUUCUGAAAUAUUAUGGUACCACAACCAUUUGUUAUGCAUUCAAAAGCACUUGAACUGCAUUUACUUACUACUCUUGUUCUGAAUAGCCUGGAAGGAUGCUUAGAAAACUUCCAAGGGGUUAGAAGAGGGCAGCGAUAGAGAUAGAAAUUAUCUACAUGCAGAAGUACGUGCCAGCAGCAAGUUCUGAUGGUAAAAACAUAAUUGUUAGGUCUGAGCAGUCACACUGAUGCUGUGCAGGUGUAAGGAGUUACUCAUGCAGUGAAAGCUAAGCAGCCAUUUUAUGAUUAGUCACUGACAUAUUGCUCUUGUUCCCUUUACGGGCUCGUCACAUGAAGGAAUUCCUUUAUCUUAAUUAGAUAUUAUUGUCCUAAUUAGAACUAUCUUAAAAAUGGAAUUUGCUUAGGGGAGGGGAUCCUGUUCAAUGGGAAAUACUGAUUUGAUGUCACUGGCAGUGCUUAUAAAGACUGUUAAAAGCAGAGUAUGCAUUCAGAAUACAGAGAACAGGAUAGCAAAAGCCUGCUUUUCCUAGAUAAAAUUAAACCUAGACCAAGUGUGCCCUUAAAGACAGCUUUAAAGCCCAAGUUUUAGCGCCUUCAUUGAGAGAGGAGGUAACAAGAAACACUGAGCUUCACUAUUUUCGAAACAGAAGGCAAGAACCUAUGACAGAAAUUCCAAUAGGCAUCUUAAAAGAAGGUAGAUGUGUACUGCUGAUGCCACGUGGUAACAACAUACCACAGAUCACAGAAUCACAGAAUGACCCGGGUUGGAAGGGACCUCAAGGAUCAUGUAGUUCCAACCCCCCUGCCUGGCAGGGCCACCA